GGCUCUGGGACAGGCAAUGUCCCGGGGCCGCUCUCCGGCUUCCAGCUGAAUACAGAGUGCGUGAGCUUAACUCUGAGGGAAGAGCAGCCAAUCGGCAGCACUCUGCCACAGAGAGAGAGAGAGCUCAGUGAGUGUCUGCACUCAGUGCUGCUGCUCUGCACACCUCAACAUGCCUGGCCUUUACCACCUCAUCAUCUCCGUGGCACUCGGCGUUUUGGGAGUGUUGGGCAUUAUCCUGCUGUGUUCCAACACCCGGGAUGUGAAGCAGCCCUCUUCCUACAAGUAUGGCAUCGUCAUUGACGCUGGCUCCUCUCGCACCACCCUCUAUGUUUACAAAUGGCCGUCUGGGAAAGAAAACAGCACAGGCAUUGUGAGUGAGCACAGCAAAUGCAACGUAAAAGGUGCCGGUAUUUCCAGUUACGCGUCCAACCUGUCACAAGUUGGAAACAGUCUGAAGCCCUGCCUGGACGAAGCUGUGAAAAGCAUUCCCGCAAAUCGGCAUGCAGAGACACCCCUCUACCUUGGUGCUACAGCUGGGAUGCGCUUGUUGAACCUCACUGAUCCUGAAGCCACCAAAGGAGUCCUGGCCUCAAUCGCUAUCUCUCUGAAAUCCUACAAGUUUAAAUACCAAGGAGCCAAGAUCCUGACAGGAAAUGAGGAGGGAGUUUUUGGAUGGGUUACUGCCAAUUACCUGCUGGAGAACUUCAUAAAGUAUGGAUGGGUUGGAAGAUGGAUCAAACCAAUUAAAAAGACAGUGGGAGCCAUGGACUUUGGGGGAGCAUCCACACAGAUCUCCUUCGUGCCCAGUCAAGAAAUCGAUAAUCCUGAAAAUAAAGCUGUUCUACGUCUGUAUGGCUAUAACUAUGAAGUAUACACUCACAGCUACCUCUGUUACGGGAGGGACCAGGUUUUGAAGAAAGUGUUUUCGAAAAUGAUGAUUGCCCAGGAUUAUGACAGUGAGAUUGUUAACCCCUGCAUGCCAAAUGGCUAUAACGCCUCUUACCCACUGAGUUUUAUAUACAACAGCCCAUGCACAGCAAGUGAGAAACCUCAGGAUUACUCACCUGACAAGACCAUCGCCUUCAGAGGGACUUCACAACCACUUGAGUGCUAUCAGUUGGUCGACUCCAUCUUUAGCUUUAGCCCCUGUAACCAUAGCAACUGUGCUUUCAACAAUGUCUACCAACCUGAGGUUACUGGCGACUUUCUGGCUUUUGCAGCUUUCUAUUACACCAUGAAUUUCCUGAAGGUUACUCUGGAUAGGAGCAUCACAUCACCACAGGAACUGCGAGAAGCAGCUGAUACUCUCUGUAAAAUGGACUUCAAACAGCUGAAGAUAAAGGCACUGAACAUAUCAAGCAGCAGACUUGUGGAUUAUUGCACAACCUCCUACUACAUCCACAUCCUGACAACGAAAGGCUACGGCUUCAACAACAUCACUUUUAAAAAUAUCGCUUUCCAAAAAAAGGCCGGAGAUACCACCAUUGGCUGGGCUUUGGGCUACAUGCUGAACCUCACCAACAUGAUCCCGCCAGAAGAUGCAGGGGCCUGGAAAGCCCAGGUGCUGGGUGCUUGGGCAGUGCUCAUUGUCAUCUGUAUCCUGGUGAUUGUAGCAGGGGUCCUGGUCUUUGUCCUGUCCUCUCGCUCAGUGAAGAAUGACUCAGUGUUGUAGUGUCGGGAGCAAUCCUCUGGGCUGGAAUCUCCAUGGUUACUAACCCUGGCCUGUCAAUCUGACUGGAGGAUUGUAGCUCAUUGCACACUGUACUAACAGUAAGAGAACCCGUAGCAUCGCAGCUCACACACCCCCUACCCCCAAUCCCCCCUCAACCCCCUUAUCCGCAAUCCCCCCCUUACCCCCAAUCCUCACUCACUCCCUUACCCCCAAUCCUCACUCACCCCUUACCCCAAACUUCACUCACUCCUUACCCCCAAUCCUCACUCACCCCUUACCCCAAACUUCACUCACUCCUUACCCCCAAUUCCUCACUCACCCCCUAUACCCCAAUCCUCACUCACCCCUUACCUCCAAUCCUCACUCACCCCUCACCCCAAUCCUCACACACCUGCAACCCCCAAUCCCCCCUCAACUCCCUUACCCACAAUCCCCCCUCACCCCCAAUCCUCACUCACCCCUUACCCCCAAUCCUCACCCACCCCUUACCCCCAAUCCUCACUCACCACCUACUCCCAAUCAUCACUCGCCCUUUAACCCCAAACCUCACACACCCAGUACCCCCAAUCCACACUCACCCCCUUACCCCCAAUCCUCACCCACCCCCAACCCCCAAUUGACCCUCACCCCUUACCCCAAACCUCGCUCACCCCUUACCCCUAGUCCUCACUCACCCCUUACCCCCAAUCUUCACUCACUCCUCACCCCCAAUCCUCACCCACCACUUACCCCAAUCCUCACUCACCCCUUAACCCCAAUCCUCACCCAUACCCCUUAACCCCAAUCCUCACUCACCCCCGUACCCUCAAUCCUCACUCACCCCUUACCCCCAAUCAUCACUCACCCCCUUUACCCCAAUCCUCACUCACCCCCACCCCCAAUCAUCAAUCACCUGCUUUACCCCCAAUCAUCACUCACCCCCUUUACCCCAAUCCUCACUCACCCCUUACCCCCAAUCAUCACUCACCCCCUUUACCCCAAUCCUCACUCACCCCUUACCCCCAAUCAUCACUCACCCCCUUUACCCCAAUCCUCACUCACCCCCACCCCCAAUCCUCACCCACCCCUUACCCCCAAUCCUCACUCACCCCUUACCCCCAAUCCUCACUCACCCCCUUUACCCCAAUCCUCACUCACCUCCUGCCCCCAAUCCUCACCCACCCCUUACCCCCAAUCCUCACUCACCCCUUACCCCCAAUCCUCACUCACCCCCUUUACCCCAAUCCUCACUCACCUCCUGCCCCCAAUCCUCACUCACCCCUUACCCCCAAUCCUCAUGCACCCCCAUACUCCCCAUCCUCACUCACCCCCUUACCUCCAAUCCUCACUCACCCCUUACCCUAGAACCUCACUCACACCCUCUUUUUCCCUGACCCUCAGGGUUUCUUUAUCCCAAAACCUCACACAUCUCUUUACUUCAAACCCUGCACCCCACCCCCCACAUCCCUCUGUCCUAACUACCCACUCAUCCCCUAUUCCUCAAUCUCACCCUCGCCCCACCCCCCUCAAUUCCUCUUCACUCUAUAGUAAGAUGCUUUGUUGUCCUUUGAUGUCAUUGACCAUGUGUUUCCUUGGUUAUGUUCCCUCACCUUACCCAUCAUCCUUAGCCCCCUCAGCGCAGGGUUUAACGUCACUCAAUCCCAGUCACAGAUGGUGUGACUGGUCCAUCAUCAGGAAGCCACUGCCAGAGCCUUGCUUCUGAUGCUGCGAUAGCGCGUGUGUGGGCAAGGUGACCCUGGUGCCAGGGAGUCAGGAUGUUGGCAUCACAGCUGUGUUGGGGCACGUUUCACAUAGAGCCUUCUGAUUGGUUUUGCUCAGCUGGUUUGUGGGGUUUGGAUUAAAAGUGACCAGCGGAUCAUGAUCUCUCGCUUUGAUUCUAACAUGGCACUUUACCACCGAGAUUGCAGCCAGUGAUAUUUAUGUCUGUGUCAGAGAACAGCGAGGCCUCCAGCAAUGGGGAGAUUGAGACUUCCUGUUCCUGUCCUUUGCCUUUACCCUGUCCAGCCAAUGAGGGACUCCUGAAGUGUAUUUGCUGUUGUAAUUCAAGAAACAGAACAGUUAUGGUGCACACAGCAAGAUCCCACAACCAGAUAGAUUAUAAAAUAGUCUGUGUUGAUGUUGUUGGAUUGACAGAUAGUUACUGACUAGGACACUGUGGGGAAGCUCUUAAACACAGUUUGUGGAUGCUCCUGAGAUGGAAAUAGGGGUCAUCCCAUCCAGAACGUUCCACCUGAGGCCAUAUCCAAAACACACGCCGAAUAAAUGCAAGCAGCCAUGAGGAAAAAUAGUGGCAUUCUUCAAAUCCUGAACAUCCCUGUAGUCUUGUCUCCAUGACUACGCGGUAUGUAAGACUGCAAAAUGUCUACAGCUGUUUCGACUGGUGUACAAUGUAAAUCUCCAAACGUUCUUUCUCUAACUUUGCAGAUUAAUCCUUUGCGAGCCAGGCCUAACUUUAUCAGAGUGAGGUGACGACAUUAACGGUUCAGCUCCUUAGAGGGGCCCUGCAGGCCAUGGGGUAGGAUGGGAACUGCACUGCAUUGCCCCUUGCAUCAUCACAGGAGGGAGCCAGCUCACAGCCUGACAGAAACUGUGCCCAGAUCCCACCUGAGCCCAGAGACAGUGAGCUGUCAAACAAAAUGUACACCUUAUCUGACCCAGAUCCAAGGAUAGGAAAUGCAUCUCCUUCUGCCUUCUCCUAUUACUCAUAAGUAUUUUCAAUCUGUAGAGAAACAUUGGUGGCACGGUGACCCAGUGGAUAGCACUGCUGCCUCACACACCAGUAACCUGGGUUCGAUUCCACCCCGGGUGACUGGCUGUGUGGAGUUUGCAUGUUCUCCCUGUGUCUGUGUGGGUUUCCUCCGGGUGGUCCAGUUUCCCCCCAAAGUCUCCACAUGUGAAGGAUUGGCCAUGCCGAAUUGUUCAGAGUGUCCCAGGACGUGUAGGUUAGGCGGAUUAGCCAUGGGAAAUGUGCGAUUACAGCGAUGUGGGGGUGGGCUGGGGGGGAAUGCUCUUUGGAGGGUUGGUUUGAACUUGAUGGCUAGAAUGGCCUGCUUCCACAGUGUAGGGAUUCUAUGUUACUGAUAAACAGUUAGACCCACCCCUCUUUGUCAUGCUGUUGUAGACUGAUCGAGAGAGCUCUGAUUAGUGAAGAACUCUGUUAUUUCUCAUUCCUGGGAGGCAUUCAAAUGGCAAUCUGGAUAGAUAUUGGCUUUUUGGUCUAUUUAUCCCUGUGUCGAUACCUUGUCUUCCCCUUAGCUCCCUCAACCUCUCAAACCUGCCUCCAGCCCACCCUUCCCUCAGUCCCUGGUGAGUAGCUGUGCUCCUGGAAGGACAGCCUGAGCUGUAAGUACUGGCAUCUCUUUGCAUGGAGCAUGUAAUACCAUUGGCUGCCUUGGGUGUUCUUGUAGCUGAUGUCAUCAGUCAUUAUUGGUGAAUGUUACGGGCCACAUUUUGAAUAAAUAUUUGUUUUAUACGUUACAAA